AUGGUCUUCGGGUCAUGGUUGAUAUCCGCUGUAGUGUUGCCAGUAAAUGGGUUGAGGCCAUUAAGGCAGAGGCCUAAGUCAUGGGGCGAUGAGUGGCUUCUUGUAAGCAAGGACAAGCAUGAGUUGGGCCCAUUUUCUUCUUGGAAUAUAACAGGAACAUAUAAAGGAGAUUGGAGGUUUCUAGAUUCUGCAAAUAGCUCUUCCAAAUUUCCCGAUUUUAAGAAAUCAAAAGGAAAUUCUGUAUUAGAAUUGAUGAGUACACCAACAAAAAUAACUGGUGUACAUUAUGUUCAGGGGGUAAUAAUUUUCCAUGGUGUGUUUGAUGAUGAACAAGAUGUUGGCAGUGCUAAAAUUAGGGUAGAGGGUGUAUACAUUUGGCCUUUCAGACAACUUCGGAUGAUUGGUAACAGUGGAAAAGAAAGUGAAUUUGGGCAGGAAGAUGAUUACAUAUUAUCCAAUCCGUAUCACUUGCUUGGAGUUUUCUCCUCCCAGGUGUUUCAGGAGUCACCUCGAGAGAAGAUCUGGAAGAGGAAACACUCUCCGAUAUAUGAAAUGGAGAAACAUUGCAAUAUUGAAAUUGCUGCACAAAUCUCUCGUGUCUCCUCCACGCAAAAUGAUGGAGAUCAUGAUCGGUAUCAUCUAGAAGGAUUAAUGGAAACACCUUCUGUGGAUGAUGAUGGAGAUUGCUUCUCCCCGAUGCUUUUAAAUGCAACUUCGGUCGAUGUUGACGUUUAUUACAAUAAAGCAGUUAACUACACAUUGAUGGUCACCUUUAUCUCUUUUCUCCAAGUUCUUUUGUUGAUCCGGCAAAUGGAACACAGUAAUACUCAUUCUGGAGCUGCCAAAGUUUCCAUUCUGAUGAUUGGGCACCAGGCUAUCAUGGAUGCAUAUAUUUGUCUUCUACAUCUUACGGCAGGGAUUUUAGUUGAGUCCCUAUUUAAUGCUUUUGCAACUGCGGCAUUUUUCAAGUUUGUGGUCUUCUCUAUAUUUGAAAUGAGAUACCUUCUCGCUAUAUGGAAGGCAAACAGGCCUAUGAAUAAUGGGGAGAAUUGGGAAGCAAUGAGGCAUGAACUUUCAGCUCUUUAUAGCCGUUUCUAUGGGAUCCUUUUGGGGGGCAUUUUGGUCAUGUAUGAGUUUCUUAAAUAUUUUCGCUUCAUUCUCCUCCUUCUGCACUCAUUUUGGAUACCGCAAAUAAUCAUCAAUGUAGUUCGUGACUUGAGGAAACCAUUGCAUCCUCAUUACAUUUUAGGAAUAACAAUCACUCGGCUCGCUGUUCCAUUAUAUGCAUUUGGUUGUCCACAUAACUUCAUGCGAAUAGAGCCAGACAAGAAGUGGUGUGUGUGCUUGAGUAUUUUUAUGGGAUUCCAAGCAUCUAUACUUCUUCUACAGCAUUAUUUUGGAUCUCGGUGGUUCAUUCCCCGCCAGAUUUUACCUGAGAAAUAUAGCUAUUAUAGAAGGUUUGAUCAGGCUGCAAAUAAUGCCACAGACUGCGUCAUUUGCAUGACCACCAUUGAGCUAUGCCAUCGCUCCAAUGAUUGCAUGGUAACACCAUGCGAUCAUUUCUUUCACUCCAGUUGUUUACAAAGAUGGAUGGACAUUAAAAUGGAGUGCCCAACUUGCCGGCGUCCUCUUCCACCAUCCUAG